AUGGCACUCGUCAAUUUUCAGCAAGCCUCUGCGAUAGUCCCGCUUUGUGCCAAACUUCCAGGUCUCAAUAAUUGGCAUUUUUCCAAGCUCUGCGUCGCGCUGGGGCCAAAAAUGGGGCUCCAGUUUCAGAAUUUCACUCAAGGCUGCCAAGAAGAGUGCUCGUUAUCUGAUGGAGAAGAUAAUCUUGUUAAACUUUGGGAUGCCAAGUCAGGGAAGGAGCUUUUGUCAUUUCACGGGCAUACGAAUACCGUUCUCUGCGUGAAGUGGAAUCAGAAUGGUAACUGGAUCCUUUCUUCUGCCAAGGAUCAAAUUAUCAAGCUUUAUGACAUAAGGGCUAUGAAGGAUCUUGAGUCGUUCUGUGGGCAUCAGAACGACGUGACAUUAUUGGCCUGGCAUCCGUUUCAUGAAGAAUAUUUCGUCAGCGGAAGCUAUGAUAGUUCAAUAUUUCAUUGGCUUGUGGGGCAUGAAGCUCCUGAAGUAGAAAUUACAAAUGCACAUGAAACUGGUGUGUGGGAUCUUUCAUGGCACCCAAUUGGUUACCUCCUUUGCAGUGGCAGCAAUGAUCAGACAACAAAGUUCUGGUGCAGAAAAAGGUCUGGCGACUCCGCUCGUGAUAAAUUCAAUUUAGGGCAGCAAGGUUUGGGUGAUCAAAACAAUGUUCUUGGUCACAUGCCUGGUAAUUUUCCAGGUCUUGAGGCCCCCUCAACCCCUGGAGCAUUUGCCUUCGGUAUAUUACAAACUGAGGGUACAAUACCUGGAGUUGGAACUGCAGUGCCUCUGUCUAUCCCAUCACUUGAUUCAUCACCUCAAGGAGAACAGAAAACUUCAAUGCCAGUUUCAAUGCCUUUAGGAGAUCCUCCUCUUCCUCAUGGUCCACAUCCAUCUCUUCUUGCAAGUAAUCAGCAAUAA